GUUUUAUUGGGGAUUUUUGUCUAUGUUAUUUAGUGGGGUUUAAUGGUAAAGGUGGGCAGGAGUUAGCUACUGCUGAUUGGCUAUGUGUUGCCAUGGUAACGUAGCUGCUUCUGUAGAAAUGUAACUAUUUCGAGGCUAUCAAGAAAGGGGCGGAGCUAGCUGGAUGAAAAAGGAGGGAAUGUUUUUAAAAAGAGUUAGAUUCAUGUUUUCAGUGAGGGAAGAUAGAGGAAAGACUUCUGUGUGUUCGGUUUAGUUUCUAACCUGUGGGCUAGAGGGGAGAAUAUAUGUGUUUAAGUGUGCAACUACUAAUGCUAUAUUAAAGUAUAAAAAGGAUUUGUUUAUGUCCUGGUUCCCAGCUGGGUAAAGCUGAGGGAAAGAAAUACUGUUGAGACAAAGUUUCAGUCAAGUUGUUGAUGUUAAAGAAUGAAAGAUAUUAUCUAUAUUAUAUACAGGUGAAACUGAAGAAGGAAACCUUUGUAACAAGUUCUGCUUAUUGGACUAAAGAAACCAUAAAAAAAUAGGGUUGUUGUAUGUCUUUCGGGCUGUGUGGCCAUGUUCCAAAAGUAUUCUCUCCUGAUGUUUCGGCCACAUCUAUGGUAGGCUUCCUCAGAGGUUGUGAGGCAUGGAUAAACUGGGCAAGGAAGGAAAAAAUAUAUAUCUGUGGAGAGUCCAGGGUGUGACAAGAGUCCUUUGUCAGUUGGAAGCCAGUGUUAAUGUUUCAGUUAAUCACCCUAAUUAGCAUUGGAAAGGUUUGUCUCUUGCCUGGGGGGGCAUCCUUUGUUAAGUCAUUAGCCGUCUUUGGGGCUCCUCUGCCCUCAGACUGUUGCUUCCCAUCUACUGUUUUGAUUUUUGAGUUUUUUUUAAUACUGGUAGCCCGAUUUUGUUCAUUUUCAUGGUUUCCUCCUUUCUGUUGAAGUUGUCCACAUGCUUGUGGAUUUCAAUGGCUUCUCUGUGUAGUCUGACAUGGUAGUUGUUGGAGUGGUCAAGCAUUUCUGUGUUUUCAAAUAAUAUACUGUGUCGAGGUUGGUUCAUCAAGUGCUCUGCAGGGGUCUUAUAGCUCUGGAUAUUUACACAGGAAGUGCCAUGUGUCCCUUCAAGUGUUUUUGAAGAUGUUCAUGACCAGAGUCACUGGGUUGCUGUGAGUUUUCCGGGCUGUAUGACCAUGUUCCAGAAGCAUUCUUUCCUGACAUUUCUCAUUCUCACUGCAUUUGGGGGCGGGCACCAAAUUUCUGUUUGCUUACACUUGAAAAUUAUCUAGGGUCAGCCCUGUCUGUCAGCCAAAUGUUUUAUCAAUUUCCUGUGCUUCGAAAUGACAAUCAAAAUGAGCCAAUCUCUUUCUUCAACAGGCCACAUGGACAUUUAUAAUUCUAUAAGAUCACCAUUGAUGUCCUAGAUCAGAAGAGCACAUUGAUACAAUGCUGGUUUCAAUCCUAAUCUUGAACUAAACACAGUAACUACAAUCCCUUAAUAAGUUCUUUUGGUUAAACCCCACCAAAAAGAAUUGAGAUUUGUACAAAAGUGCUAUCCUAUUUUUUUGCAAAUCUCACAAUUUGAGAAGAUAUUUCUAGGUGAAUAUGUUAAGUGACUUGAUCCCUUUGAUAAGAAAUAAGACCCCCUGUGAAAUGGCGAUAAAUCAAUAUACGACUUCCAAUGAGUGAUUCCAUACAAGCCCCUACCUUUCUUCAUGUAUUUAUUCCCAUAAAUUAGAAUUGGGACAUAUGUAAAUAUUUAUAUUUAGCCCUUCCUAUAUAAAUACUAGUGUUAAAAAAUAGAAGACAUCCAUUCAAUUCUUGACUGGCCUAUAAGAAAAAAAAGACAAUAAAGAAAUAAAGGAAAGCACCUGAUUUAAUUUUUCUCAAUAGACAAUGUCACUCACUCACAUUCCUAAAGAUAUGUCCUUCCGGGCUGUGAAAAAUACAACAGUUGCCAUGUAAUUAUAAUGUUUUAUUAAUAAUUGCAUUCAUUGCUUCAGGAAAAUUGUAUUUCUGUCUCAAAUAUGUCAACAUUAUAAAGUCAGACAACUUUUCAAGGUUUUUAAAGAAAAAUAUAUCAUGUUGAGUAAUGAAACAAAGCAGAGAUUUCAUUGUUCUGUGAUAUUAUUUUCCAUCUUUGAAAACAGGUGGAUGAAACAUUUUUUUGAGUGUCUUUUUUCUGAAAGCUAACUUCUGCAGACAAUCUAGGCAGGGAAAAAUUGAUAGUCUACCUGAUAUAUUCUGCUACCACAGUAUAUAAGUUAUAACAUUACAUUAGAAAUGUUUGUACAUGUAUAAAAACAGGACAAGUGAAUUUGAUUGUUUCAUAUUCUAUAAAGUUCCCCAUUUUUCAUGUGUAGUUUCAUUCUGUCCCAGUUCCACAUAAGUUUACAAUUUCUUUAAGUCCAUACAAAAUUCUGGAAGCCUCUUUACAUGCCAUUUCCCCUGAUUUAUGCAUUUUUGAAUACAGUUCACCUGAUAAGAAGCACAUUUCUCUGCAAUUUUUGGAACAGCAUCACAAGAUUUGGAAAACUGUGAAAAACAAAAGAUAAGUGUGUUCUGUUUGAUACAUGGGCUCAGGCAUCAAGAAUUGGAACAUUCUCUAUUUGAAUUCAAAUACAAAGUGUGUUUCUGUUUCAACGUUAAUAAUCUCCCCCUUCCUUACAUAUAAAGCAUUGUCCUAUUCAAUAAUAUUUGUUAUUAUACUAUUAAAUUUUUGAUAGAUGUCUUGGCUCAGUUUCAGUAGAGAGGGCAUUGCCUGGAAUAUUUUUUUGGCUGAUUAUCAGGAAGCAAUGUGAAUUUAGUACCAUUAGAAAGGCCAAAUUUUGCUGGGAAACUAUUGUAAAAGAUACUGGCAUAGAUAGAUACAGCUUUCACUUUUUAAAGGCUUCAUUUUACCAUCUCCUGUGUUAGAAGUGGCACAAAUUGUACUGCCAUUUUUUAACUGGUUAGUCUCAUUCCAGGGCAUUUACAGUAUUAAAAAAACAGAGGCAGAUGGUGCAGUUAGAUCAGUGGUUCUCAUCCUGUAGGUCCCCAGGUAUAUUGGCCUACAACUUCCAGAAAUCCCAGCCAGUUUACCAGCUGUUAGGAUUUCUGGAAGUUGAGGGCCAAAACAUCUGGGGAUCCACAGGUUGAGAAUCACUGAGUUAGAUAGAGUUUGGACUUAAGAUUAAAAACUCCCUUCUCCAUAGAUUUGGGUGGGAAUUUCUGCUGUAUCAGUUUUAACACUAGAAACACAUGUGCAAAGUGCCAUCCCAUCGCACAAAUGACUUCCCCUUUGGUUAGAUCAGUGGUUUUCAACCUAUGGGCCCCCAGAUGUUUUGGUCUUCAACUCCCAGAAAUCCUAACAACUGGUAAAAUUGACUGGGAUUUCUGGGAGUUGUAGGCCAAAACACUCGGAGACCCACAAGUUGAGAACUAUUGGGUUAGAUGUCUAUUGAAUACAUAUCCUCAAUCAACAUCAAAGCACAAAGAUCACUAAUCCACAAAUUCUAUUGCAAUACUACUCAAAGUGUAUGGACCAGUGCCAAUUCACAAACCAUCAUCUGCCAGUAUGCAGAGAAAUAGUCUUCUAAAGAGAAACAGUUGUUGCCAAUGGGCACAAAGAUGACACCAGUCCCUGUCAUAUUAGGCAAUAGCUUAAGCACUGCAAGUCUACAGGUCACAAACCAAAGCUGGCCAUGAGAGCACAUUUCUGGGAAGCAGUUUUUCCCAGUCUGCUUCUCAUUUGCAUGCUUGGCCUGAUAGACUUGUUUCACAUCUACUUCGAUUCUGUUCAAAAUAAAGUUUCUAUUGUCAGAGGACUUUUGUGAAGAAAUGGGAACAGGUAGUAAUUAUCUCAGUGAGACAACAGGUAGACAUGUUCCAGACUAGCUAUGAGGAAAAGUCCUAUCAGCCUCCUUGUAUCACUUUUGCUUAAAUACUUAUAUCAGCUUAUUUGCAGUCUAGUAAUUCUUUCUUUCUUUCUUUCUUUCUUUCUUUCUUUCUUUCUUUCUUUCUUUCUUUCUUUCUUUCUUUCUUUCUUUCUUUCUUUCUUGGAAACACACAAAAAGUACAUUGUGAAACUUAUUUCGAUAUGCAUUUUUAAACAUCUUUGCUCUUAGAAUAGAUACUUCUUAAUGCAUUUACUCUCACAACUUGCAUUUCCACAUACAUUUUUUGAUCUGAGAACCGCUUCAGAACACUUUGGGAGUGCAAAAGCCAGUGGAUAACUAAAUUUGAAUCCAGACACUAGCCCAGAAGGUUGCAGAUCAGGUCAGUUCAUAUUGGAAUUGCAAUUGCUUCCAAGCUGUGAAAUGAUUAUAAACUAAUGCCAUGACUGCUGCUGAAAUAUGCAGGUUAAUUUGAGGGUCCUAAGAACUGUGGAUGUUUGACCAUGUAAUAAAGCAUUUGUUCAUAAUGCCAUGAAAUUGAACAUUUUUAUUGUACAAUAGACAAUUCGUUUGCAAUGAGAAGCCCAAUAUUUUUGUAUGCCCCUGCUGUGACCUGCCUGUCACUUCUUCUUCCUAUCCAGGUAUCCCCCUAAGGGGAAACUGCAGAGGACAGAUUUAGUGGAGGGAGACAGUUGACAGUACUCUUCUCAGCCCUCCUUUCUAUUUUCUUCCUUCUGUCCAUUGUCCCUUUUGUCAGAUGAUGAAAUGCAGCUUGGAAUGCUCAUUAAGAGCCUUCUCAGGAGUCCAGAAAGAGUUUUGAGAUAGUUUUUUGACCAAUAAAAAGACUCACUUUGGUAUAACAUUUUUAUCUAAUAAUAAUAACUUUAUUUUUGUACUCCGCCUCCAUCUCCCUGAAGAGACUCGGGGUGGUUUACAGAUGGCACAAGAUGCCUUAAACAACGCAUAAAAUAAACACACAGUACAAUACAAAAUAAAAUCACUAGUAUAUAAAACAACAACUUGAACUCAACUACAUGAAGCAAUACUACUGUUUCCCAUACUGUCUAGCUAAAUGCUUCUAAAAUGUCCACAAAUAGUGAAUUAAGGCAAAGAUUCUUUCCUACUCCUGUUACUCAAAGAACUGGGCCAGAAUCCAUGUAUCGGUCCCAAUAACAGAAUCAAGGGACUUUAGAUAAGAAACUUCCCCCCACUGCACAGCUGGGGGAGGGAAGGGGAUUUGCCCCCUCCCAACGAAGGAGAGACUUCUGGAAGGGGGGCGGGGCUUCUAGGAAGCUGCCCGCCUCUUAGAUCACUCACUUUUGGAGCUUCGACGUGAGAGGAUCCAAGAGUGGGAGCUCCUGUCCCUUGGUGCCGAGGUCCAGGAGGAGAACGUCGAGGGAGAUUUAUCCCCUUUUUUCAUCUGUUUAUACUACUGCUUUGAGUAUGCCACCGAAGAAGAAUGUUGGGGGGCCUAAGGGCAAGGGUCCUGCGAAGAAGAUUCCAGCAAAGCGCCCGCCUCCACCAAGUGGUCCUUCAACCGAGGAUGAAGACUCUGCACAGUUGUUGGGAGUGUUGGUCGCCCGGAUCGAGGCACUGGAAAGAGAGAAAGCAGCGGCUGCUGCUGCGGAGGCGCAGAAGGCUGGUGGGGGCAGUAACACCGGGUUAAUUAGGUCCUUAUUUUCCCGUAUUUCUGCCUUAGAAGGGGAAAGGAGUGCUGCAGUGCCUGUCGCUGAUGCGAGCCUGGUUACAUCUACGCCGGUGACCGCUGAAGCUGUUCCAUCUACUUCGGCGGCAGCAGCUGAGAUGAGAAGUGCCGUAUCCGCUUUAGGUAAAGGGGACACACACACCUUCCCUUGGGGAGUGGCAGACUCUCAAGAUCUUAUCACAACCCAAGCACGUGACGAGCCUGUUCCAUCAACCAGCGGCACGCAAUUAGCUAUCGUGGCUCCGGUGGUUGAGACACCAAGCGUGGUGGUAGCCUCUUUGGAUUCAACACCUACUAUUGAGAAUUCUUUGUGUUUUUGGGGCACGGCUGAUUGGCCUUUGCCGGCCUCCGAUAGCCUUAGUGCUACAGCUUUAGGCUCGCAUUUGGCUCAAAAGACAAUUGAUAAAAUUUUAAGGAAUGAAUACAUCGACAUUUUUACCCUGUAUUUCAGGGAACUUGAUAAGAAAGAAAAAGAUGAUUUAGAUGAUGAAAGAAAGGAAAUUAUGAAAAAACGCAAAGUGGACCAGAAUUGGGGCAAUUGGUUCUCUUGCUUUUUAAUUUACGGAGGGGUUCUAGUGAAGGCUUACCCUUCCAGAGCCCAUUCUCUUUUUCAGUACAUGAACAUUAUCAAUUCAGCUUAUGUAAAUUUUACAGGUAGCGCUUGGCUCUUGUAUGACAAGCGCUUUAGGCUUCGUGCGGCUCACUCUCCAACUUUGCGCUGGGAUUUGAUUGACCAUCAGCUGUGGUUGGAGGUUCUAACUCCGGCACGUCCCAUUGCGGGCGAGAAGGCCGACAGUGGGCACACAAUUCAAAAUUCUCGAGCUGGGCAGUCCUUUCGUCAGCAUCCAUAUUCCCAGUAUCAGCAACCACAGCAAUCUCAACAACGCUUGCUAUGCUGGGAAUAUUCUUCGCAGGGAGUUUGUUCCCGAAGAGGUUGCAAGUUCCAGCACGUUUGUGCCAUCUGUUCAGGGCAACAUUCUUCCAAAUUUUGCAGUAAGGGAAAACCUGGUAAGGGUGGGGGAAAGAGUAACCACGAUCCCAGGAGAGGUUUCGGCUCAGGUGGGUUUUCCAAAGGGGCCCAGCCCAAUUAAUCUAGUUCAGUUAGAUUUGUGGUUAUCCAGUUAUCCCAAUUUAGGCGCAGCUAGUUAUCUGCGUGCUGGGUUUUUUGAGGGUUUUAGGAUUCCUGCAAUGGGACAUAGAGCUCCUUUCAGGGCACCGAAUCUGAAAUCCGUUAUUGGCAUGGAGGACGUUGUCCUUGCUAAAAUCAAUAAGGAAGUUGCAGAGGGUAGGGUUCUUGGCCCAUUUAGGUCUCCUCCCACUCCUAGGUUAAGGGUUUCACCAUUAGGGAUUGUUCCAAAGAAGGCACCGGGGGAGUU